AUGCCCACGAGACCAUUCAUGGUAACGGGUGUAGAUUACGCCGGCCCGUUUCAACUUCGAGAAAGUCGCCGACGCGGACGGUUCCAUGUAUCAAAGAGCUAUGUGGCCUUAUUCAUUUGUUUUAGCACCAAGGCUGUGCACUUGGAAGUGGUGACAAGUCUCACAAGUGAGGCAUUUAUAGCAGCGCUGAGUCGUUUCACGGCUAGACGUGGACUAUGCGCACAACUAUUUUCCGACAAUGGAACGAAUUUUGUAGGAGCUUCUCGAGAGCUCCAGGAAGUUCAAGAAUUUCUAGAGAAAACAGAACCAGAGAUAAAGUCUUUUUUGGUCAAACAAAGGAUCAAUUGGAGCUUCAUUCCUCCCAGAUCUCCUCAUUUUGGAGGGAUAUGGGAGUCGGCCGUGAAACUUAUGAAGCGGCAUUUGUACACGAUUACUCAAGGAAAGGUGCUUACCUAUGAGGAAUUCAAUACUUUAGUGGCUGAAAUUGAAGCCGUUCUUAACUCACGUCCUUUAACGCCAUUGACCAGUGAUCCAUCAGAUUUUAACCAUUUACAGAAACUACGUCAACAGUUAUGGCAGCGCUGGCAACGAGAGUACUUGCAGGAAUUGCAAAAGAGGAGCAAAUGGUUUGUUUCUGACGCUAAUGUUGGAGUGAACACUCUCGUUCUACUCAUCGAGGAUAACGCUCCCCCCUUCAAGUGGCCACUGGGUCGAGUGGUUGCGGUGCAUCCCGGCGCGGAUGCUAAAGUUCGAGUCGUGACAGUCAAGACAUCGACAGGGUCCUACAAGAGAGCUGUCAAGAAGAUAUGUCCAUUGCCCUUGUCAAAUGACCAUACUAUGUAUUAA